AUGGAGAGCAAUGUAAGUAUAAAGAUGAAUGACAACUUCAACCUUCCCUCUCAUCAGACAAAGCUUCCCAAAGUCAGCUCUUACCAUUGGUGGAAGUCAAAGACUAGAUUAGGAACUACUUUCGAUUAUCGUAUAAGGAACUUCUUCCCUAUUGGUCAAGUUACUUACACUCAUAGAAAAGAUCACUUUUCGACAGUAUGUAAGAGGGAUCAGCCAUAG